CUGAUGCAACUUCCCCCUCUCAAUGGGCGUAUCACUUCAGUUUCAGGAAGAGGCCAAAGUGCAAAUCAAACGAUACAGAAUUAACCUGCUACCGUAUAAAGCAGUUACAAAAACUGCUGCUUAACCAAAUUAAUUGUAAAUUACUACAAAAAAACUCACAAGUGACAUUGCAAUAUUUUUUCUUUUUUAGAAAGAAUGGCAGAGCAUAUAAUACAGCCACUGCUGCAUGUAACUAUACCAUACUGUAUUUGCAUUGCUGUAGCCAGACUCGGCCUGCUAGAUGGAGUCUUCACUGAACUGGGACUUGAAUACUAUGCUGAAAAAACAGUGUCUUGGCUUCCACAGUUUCUGACAAUGCCUUUCAAUUCUAGUAUCAACCUCGGUUAUAUUAUUUUGGGAGUAUACUGGCUCAGCAGAGAAAACACAACAGCUGCAGGUAAAGAGAAACCUGAACUACUUUAUUUGAAGAAUGUCUUUGCGUGGAUGGCACUUGCGUAUGGUCCUGUGCAGUGGAUUAGAAUUGUAACUCAGACACACCGAUAUGCAGUGCUUGACCAGUGGUUUACUUUACCAAUUUUCGCCUGGGUAGUUGUAUGGUGCCAGUACAUCUGUAAGGGCUGGAGUACCAUGUACACUGUAAAAACUGAGGCAGUUUCCAUUCUCAGUUAUUUGUUUACACUGUUCCACAGUCAAGGAUUUGAGGUAGCACUUGGAUUUCAUAUUCUGUUAGUGAUCACUAAAGGCAUAUAUGUACAGCACAGAUAUGGCGAUACAAGCUCAAUGAAUUAUUUUAUAUUAGCAGUUUUAUCAUGUAUUGGUUUUGUUGUUCUAAAGCUGCUGGACCACUGGUUGGCACAGUCUGUUAUUUUUCAAAGAAUGACUGGGCACUUCUGGUCCAAAGUUUGUGACUUGCUACAGUUUCACUACACUUUCAGGUUUCUGAUGUAUUUAAGCAAUGCCAAAAGAGUUAAAAAAUAAGAUAUUUCUUUUAAGGGGAAAAAAGUUUGCAUAAAAAGAGUUCUACAAAUCUUCUUUUCCAAGCCCUUUUCCUCCAAAUGUUUCUCAGAUGUUUAAUUUCUCUUUAUAAUUGUUGUUUCUAAUUUUAUUUCAAGUAGCUAAUAGGGGUUUCCACAUGUACAGAAAACUAGAAAUGCUUAUGAAUUAAGUGGCACAUCUGUACUUUUAAGUGGCAGCAAUGUCAUUUUAAAGUAUGUCCUACUGUAGAGAACAGGGAUUAAAUGGCAGAUGUGGUAGAACCAAGUUUUUAUAACUUAUCAGACUAUCUGCUCUCUGCACCACAUUCCAACAGAUAACAUAUUUAGUAGCCUUAACUGUUGUGUCAAGAGUGAACUUGUCUGUACUUCAGGAAUGAUCUCACUAACUAUGCCUGCAAAUAAGGGCAUACUCCUAUACCAGGCUGCUAAUGUAACCUGACACUCAGCCUUACAACAAUUUCAGACAUUUGACAUGCUAGAAUCCAAAAUUCACAAAGCUACUCGCAUUGUAUUCUAAUCAGACUUGCUUUAAGAGGAAAACCUGACAGAUGCAUUUCUGACAAGGUGAAGACUUUUUAUAUAUUUACGCCCACACAGACAGAAGCAUAACACUUGCUUAAUUUAAAUGUAAAAAAGCCAUGCUAAUGGUGUGAGUGUAUUAGAAAUGCUUACAAAUACAGUAAUGUUGAUUUCGAAAAAAAAUCUCACAUCAUCUGCUGAGGGAGGAGAAGCAGUGCACCACCAUGAAAGGAAGAGUAUUAAGUUUGUUGAUGCUGUUAUGCCCUACUGGCAACUCAAGACACAACAGUUCCAAUGAGACAAAACACUGGAAAUACUAAGCUAUGUUGUUUAUGUAACUGUACAUGGAAAGGUGAAAAGAUAUUUAAGACACUGGUGCAACACAAGCUGCAGUUAAAAAGACAAAGCUUUUACUCAGCAGAAAUAUUAUUCUCAUGCUUCCAUUUUUCAACAUAUGUACUUAACAGGUGUGGUGCGUGUAAAACAAUGGUGUUCCAAACAAUGCAGUUAAAAAGCUUUUGAUCAUUAUCCAAGAGAUCUCAUAAUGGUGACCUUGCCUAACUCUAAAAUCCAGAUCAAGCCCAUGGAUAAAACUGAUAAUUCCUGACACUCACGCCAUUAGGGUGCACGCUAUAAACAGCCCAAGAGAAGCUAGUUGAUUAUGACACAAGACAGAGAUGCACAUUAGCACAGCCAACACCAGGACAUAAAAAAUGUAAGGACUUCAAGAUUUUUUUACAGAAUCAAGGCUAUGUGAAAACUGCUGUAAUUCUGUUAAUUCCUAUCUGAGCAUACCAGAUCUUAAUGUGUGUUGUAAAACUGCAAGGUAGGACGCAAUGCAUGAUAACAACUGCAACUGUCUACCUCUAACAAUCCAAAAACAAAUGGAAAACAAGGCUGUUAAGGAAAAGCAUCAUUGGAGAUAUUACUGGGCUGCUUUGCCGAUAUGCACAUUUUCUGUAGUGUUUAACAUUGGUGCAAUGAAGCCAAGAAAAUGUUAUUCUCAAUUUAUUAAAGAAAGGCUAGAAUAUCUGU